CCAAUCGCGUAGGACCACGAUCGCAAUGGCGGCGUGGCUGGACAGUUUUGUGUUAUCGGAUGGUUAGGUGUCAUUAGGUUCUCUCAUCGCGGUCGAAUUAAUUUUCUUGAUUAGAACGUUGCUUCGUUGCGCCCGGCGAAUUGAUUUUUCUCUCAGUCAUGCACAGACUCCUGAUAGUGAUAUUGUUGGAUUUAACUCUUGACUUGGUCGGAAGUGUUUCUCAAUCAGAGAUCAAUAAACAUCUAGAAUACGGUAGAGAUUUCCUAGCAAAGGGCCAGUUACAGGAUGCCCUAUUGCAUUAUCAUGCAGCCGUUGAGGGAGAUCCGACCAAUUACCUGACAUAUUACAAGAGAGGCACAGUUUAUUUAGCAUUAGGUAAAGCAAAAUCUGCUCUUCUCGAUCUUAACAAGGUUCUAGAAUUGAAUGAGGACUUCACACCAGCCAGAUUGCAGCGUGGCAAUAUUUUACUCAAGCAAGCUCACUUUAAUGAGGCUGAAGCAGACUUUCUAUAUAUAUAUCAUAGAGAGCCGCAUAAUGAGGAUGCCUUGUAUGCCUUAAAUAAGUUACAGACAGCUAGUGAAAGUAUGAAAAUAAUUGAUCAGAUGUUAUAUAAUGGUGAUCAUGCAUUAGCUGUACAGCAGAUGACUCAAGUCCUCGAAAUAUGUCCAUGGUCCUCUAAUCUUAGAGAACGUAGAGCAGAGAGCUAUCUUGUUCUCGGGGAUUAUAUGAGUGCUAUAUCUGAUAUACGUUCAACUACAAAAUUGCUGUAUGAUAAUACAGAAGGAUUCUUUAAGCUUUCGACGUGGUUGUAUCGUCUUGGACAAGUUGAUGAGGCACUAAAAGAAAUUCGAGAGUGCUUAAAACUUGAUCCAGAUCAUAAGGAAUGUUUCCCAUUAUAUAAGAAGAUCAGAAAGAUUAAUAAAUUGCUACAAGAUGCAGAGACAGCAUUAGAUACAAAAGAUUAUGACACAUGCAUCGAUUUGGCUCAGCGUGUUAAAACGCAAGAGUCGGAGGAACGUAACGUACAGUUUAUAGCUUUUCAAUAUCUUUGUAAAUGUUACACGGGAAUCUCAGAAGCAACCCAAGCAAUCGAGAAUUGUCAAGCAGCAUUAAACAAAAAGGAACCGGAACUGAUUUGCGAUAGCGCGGAAGCGUAUCUUUCUGCGGAAAUGUUCGAUGAUGCCAUCAGGGAAUAUAAGGAUGCUCUAGAUAUAGAACCAAACAUGCACAGAGCUAAGCAAGUUGAAAAAGCACAACAACGUCAGAAACUGUCGGAAACUCGAGAUUAUUAUAAAAUCUUAGGCGUAUCGAAAAAUGCCAGCAAGCGAGACAUCAUCAAGGCGUACCGGAAGCAAGCGCAGAAGUGGCAUCCUGAUAACUUCCAGGAAGGCGAAGAGAAGAAGCGUGCGCAGAAAAAGUUCAUCGAUAUUGCGGCUGCCAAAGAGGUCCUUACGGACGAUGAGAAGAGAGCGAAAUUUGAUCAAGGCGAGGAUCCUCUGGAUCCGGAGUCGGGUCGACACAAGCAGGGCUUUAAUCCCUUCCAGGAGUUCCAUCACUUCCACGGUUCUCCCUUCCAAUUUAAAUUCCACUUCAAUUAAACACGUCGUAAGAUCUCGUGAUAGUGAAAUUACUAUUUUUCAAUACUCGUCGCUUCGCACGUGACGAUAUCUUUUAUUUCGUCAUAACCUGAAUUUCGUUCUCGUUACGUCGUCGAUGGAAAUCGCGAGUUUUGUAAUCUAUCGGACGAAAAUUCGGGAAAUUGUAAAGCAAAUUGAUGAGUCGUUAAACACAGACCAAUAGCCAUCUAGCCGGGUGACGCACAGAUCCCGGUACGCGUUUAAUAAAUUAGAUGUAAAGAUAGACUUUAAUUCUAUCGUUCGCUAGUUUGUUUACUGCAAAAAUUAUAAUACAGUACUCUCUUUCUAGUACAGUACAUACAUACAGACUGAACGAUGAAUAUACUAAUGUACUUCAAUUCACGCAAACAUCCGUUGCGCAUAUGAUUUUAUCAUCGCACCACCGAUCUGUACUAUGCUACUGGUAAAAUUGUGAUUGUUCACGUGUAUUGCAGUACAAACAGAUUGUACAGUGAUCAUUACACUGCCACUGAUUGUUUCAGCGGCUAUUCAUUUUUAGCUUGGGAACGUGCGACAAUUAAAUCGAAUUCGAGGAAUAUUAUGCAUUUAUCGAGUACGAAUAUUCUAUCGGUAUUUAUAUCGUUAUUUACUUUCGCACAUACGAUAUUCAUACUCGAUAACAUAAUAUAUAACUGUGCGCUUGUCAUGUUCGCAUGAGUGUGAGUCAAAACUUCAUGUAAAUACUGUGUUUCUGAGAUAUUUGUUUAAAAAUAUAUUUGAAUAAUUUAUAUACCACUACAGAGAUAUAUAGAAGACAUUAUUAGCGUACAUGUAAAGAAAGUAUAAGCGCGUUCAAACAAAACGUUGAACUUUUUGCUCAAGCAUUGACAUUUUCUAUAAGCUUUCUGUUUGACAUUAGAUUUAUUAUUAUUUUUCUUUUCUUUUAACAAAACUCUCUUUCGUUGUUCGCGUAAUUUCUUCCGUUUUCUCAAUCGUUUUUGAAGGUUUUUGUAUUUACCUAAUUGAUGCCUUACCAUAUGACCUCUCCAUAUCGAUUGAAUAAUAGUUGCAGCUCUGUUCAGCUUUGCUUCUUCCCACAAUCUUUCCUCUUCGAUAUCACAUUCGUCGAUCAAUUUUUGCCGUUUCUCUAUUAAAGCUCGCAUUUCUUCUAUCUUUAAUUUUUGUUCUUCUAUAAGAAACUAUUGACAUGAAAAUACACUCGUGAAUAAAGCUAUUUGAAAAUACGCUAUCAUUUA